CGUUCCGUGCGUACUACGUGCGUGUGCGUCGUCGCAUAAAUUUUCGCAGGUGGUGAUUUUUCGAUGUUGCAACGAGAAGAGCCCCGAGGUCUGCGCCGGUCGGCAUCCGAGAAGUAAGAGUCCGAGGCGCCUUGGUCGAGGGGCGUAGUCCGAAAUCGAAGGAGAAAAAAAGGACUCGCGAUACAUAUCUUGCAUUGAGUUUCGUGCUAUCCCGUGAGAAGUUUACGAGAACGCGCACGUUUAAAAGGAGGAACAGAGAAAGAAGAAGAGGAAGGAGGAGGAGAGAGAAGAGCGAGUUCGACGAUAUCAGUUUGACGUAUACGAUGUCAGAUCGCUUCGAAUCAAACUCGUCGACAGUAUCAGCUUGUAUCUGAAAAAUUAAAGAAAAUUGGAGUGCACGAGGAAAUAGACGACAUUCUGAUUGUUAUAAUCGUGCCAACGAGAAUCCCUGCCAAUGUGCAAUUCGGCGGAUACCUCUUACGUACAAAAGUUAGGUUAUCUUCAUCUUGGGGAUGAUACCGCAGAUACCGGUGGUGCGACAAGUGCGACUAAAGUCUCGGGUUCUAGACCCGAGGCUCAGGUGCCUGUAUCUAGGAACGUGAUCAACAGAAACGAUGCCAGAGCGUCCGGUAGACCAGUCGGUGCUAUUGAGAGCUUCAUUGAAAGCAAUUCUUCGGAUAUUUCUAGACAGGCAGCUACAGGCACAGAUUAUAAAUAUGAGCGUGAAAACAUAAUAGCUGCUUCACGAUUUGCUACUCCCAAACCAGUGGAGCAAAUUAACACGCUACAACAACAGCAGCAACAAAAUCAAACUCGUGGAGGUCAUCAACAGGCUCCUGUUUAUGAAAAUAUAGAUUAUUAUUCACAGCAGAGUCAACCACAUCCUCCUUAUUACCAUCCAAUAGAAUCUCGAAAAAGCCCGAAAAGUAGUCCUAGAACUUCCUUGGUUGGUGAUUCCUAUGAAGGAAAUUAUAGAAAAGCUCAACCACAAGUGCCAACUGGCAAUCGUUAUCAAAGUACGUCACCAGCAAAAGAAUUACCACCAUAUGAGGCACCGCCAGUAUAUGAAAAUAUACAGGAAGUACACUUCUCUGAAAAUAUACAAAAUAAGCCAGGACCUCAAGUUCCACCAAAUUAUUACCAUCCAACAAAUAUCAAUGGUGGUGAUUAUGUUGUUAUGACUGGAAAGGUAGGUCAAUCUCAGAAUCAACGUGGUAUGUCUCAAAAUUUAUCAUAUACUCAACAAAGGAGUGGAAGUAUACGUGGUCAAAGUUAUGAUGGUUCAAGUUUACAGCGAUCAAUAGAUUCAUCUACAUCUAGGUACUUACAGAGUUCAUCCUCUACAUCCUCAGAUCAUCAGGCUGGAAGAAGUGCUUAUGUACCUCCAUCUGAAUUGCAACAACCAAAUAGAAACUUUAGUUACAGCUCUGAUCAACAGCAACAGUCUCCUAGAUCUGGUUUACCAUAUCACAGUGAAUCACCUCCUAUACGUUUACCACCAGAAUCUCAUCAUUAUCGUGGUUUACUGGAAAGUACAAUGAGUGGACAACAAGGAUUUCGUGCUACAAAUCAAAUUGAUAGUGGUCAAUCUUCCCAAUUUCGGCAGGACAAUUCACAGAAUUACAAGCAAUAUGUUGAUCCUUCUUCAAGAACUGCAAAUGCAAAUUUCACAGGUGACUCGCAAGCCAGAAAUUCGCCAGUAUAUGGAAUACGCCCAGGGGAACAGACAGCAUGUCAUAAUUCUCCAUGUUACUCUCCAAAUCGUGCAAUGCCUCAGAAUGAAAGAAAUUACCAUCAUCAAGAAAAUCGACCAGAUUUCCCUGCAAGAAAUUCCCCUGUUUACUCUUCAAAUCGUUCUACAGAACAUUUGAGAUUAGGUACUCUGCAACAAAGUGAUAGGAACUAUGUCUCGGAUGUAUCAGAUCUCCCAACUACAAAGAGUUCACCUUUAUAUUCUCCGAGUCGAAGUGAUCCUACUAGGACCAUUCCUAACAAUAAUGCAAUAAGAGAAUCUCCAAAAACAAGUCCAACGCAUGGUCAGAUGUCAUCAGACAUUACUUCGCAGAGUAUGGUCAAUUCACCUAGACAGGGAUUGCAUCCUUCGUUCAAUAUUGGGAGUCCUAUACGUGUACAGGUGCAAGCUCCUGUCACUAGUGCUUCAACUACUGCCAGUGAAACUGAUAUCAAUACUGGCCCUAGGAUCACUAGUCUCCCGCCUGGUGUCACCAGCGGAGUUGCAGGGCCCGUACUCUUGAGUGCCGGUGUACCUGUAUUGCAAAGGUCUUCCAAUUCGGAGGCAGAAGAGAGAAAAUCCGUUAGUCCGCCGAUCAAGCCUGCACCUGGAAAAGGAUUACUUCCUUAUAAUGUUAUUUCUAGACCUUCGGGACCAACGGAAGCGGAGAGAAAGAUAGAGGAAUUGACGAGACAACUCGAAGAGGAAAUGGAAAAACAGGAGGAGGAAGGAGAAUAUUUCGGUAUCUGUCAUACAUGCGGUGAGAAAGUGACCGGCGCCGGACAAGCUUGUCAAGCAAUGGGCAAUCUCUAUCAUACCAAUUGUUUCAUAUGCUGUUCCUGCGGAAGAGCGCUACGUGGCAAAGCUUUCUACAAUGUUCAUGGGAGGGUUUAUUGCGAAGAGGAUUAUUUAUAUUCUGGUUUCCAACAGACAGCCGAGAAAUGCGCGAUUUGUGGUCAUCUCAUUAUGGAAAUGAUAUUACAAGCGAUGGGCAAGUCAUAUCACCCGGGCUGCUUCAGGUGUUGCGUUUGCAAUGAAUGUCUCGAUGGCGUUCCCUUCACGGUCGACGUCGACAAUAAGAUAUAUUGUGUAAACGAUUACCAUAGAAUGUUCGCACCUAAGUGCGCGUCUUGUGGAAAGGGAAUCACGCCGGUCGAGGGAACCGAGGAAACGGUCAGGGUCGUUUCCAUGGACAAAGACUUUCAUGUGGAUUGUUACGUUUGCGAGGAUUGUGGCAUGCAGUUGACCGACGAGCCGGAUAAACGGUGCUACCCACUCGAUGGCAGACUUAUGUGUCGUGCGUGUCACAUCCAACGCAUAUCGCACACGCAACCAAGGGCACCACAGCCGGUGUCGGCUAGUUAUCAGUUUAUGGGCUAAGUUACAUCGGUGCUUGAACUUUGAAGCUUUCCGAACUGCGCACGUGACGAUCAUCUGAUAAUGAAAUCUGUGGAAAUCAAUCAAAUAACAUACAAGCCUCAUAGCAGAAUAGGGCACUUACAAUUGCAUGCGUGAAAUUAAAAAGAUACAUACGAGUCAGACUUUGCAAAAUAUACAUUCAUGUAGGCAAACAUUUACAUUUACAAUAUAAUAGUUGUUGUUGUUUAUCUAUUAUGCUAUAAUAUAAGCUAAUAUGUUUGAUAUUAUCUUAUGAAAUACAAAUUAUCAAAUCAAUACAAUUAAUAUAUCUCAAUAAUAUAUAGUAAAAAAAUAAUAACUACAAUGUGUCACGUGCUAAGUGCGCUUUUAGAAUAUCAACAGUUUGUGCAAUUUUAAUUAUUUUGAUUUUUGAACGAAAUGUCAUUUUGACAUAAUUCUAACAAUAAGACUGGAUAUUUUUAAAAAACCGAAAUCGAUGCACUGCCUUUUGGGAUCAUUUUAAUUAAAGUGAAUAGUUAUGUAACAUAUAGUUAUGCAAGUACAAGAACAUUUCUUUUUAAUUAAAAACAAGGACCGAUAAUCUAGAGAGAUAAGUGGUAUAUUUAAUAUAUGCAAUCUUAUUUAUUUAGUUGGGGUGUUUGUUGCAAACACAGUAAUCUCAUUAGGAUGAACGAGUUGCGCAGGCAACUGUGAUAUAUAAUAGCAUAAUAAUUAUCUGUUGUUAAGCAACAAUUCCAUACUUUUUAGCACAUGUAUAUAUCUAUCACGCGUUUUUUAUCGUAUUAUAACGCAAAUUAUGACGGAAAUAUUCUUCUGCGAAUUUUCUCCGUCAAUCAGGUCUCAUCGUACUUCAUAAAACAUUCAUUAAUAAUAUUUAUUAGGACAAAUAUAUCGUCUCACUGCAAAGGCUCGCGUAAUAUUAAAGUUCAUCGAUAUGUGACAGAAUGUAAUAUAAUAUACUUCGAGGGCUUAAAUGCGUUUAUCAUUUUAACGGCAUAAAUAACGGAAACUAGAAAAUUUUGUUUGAAAAAUAUGUAGGCGUGCUAUAAUCGAUAUAAGCGACAUUAUUAUAGAAUAUUGAAAGACGCACAACUCAAGCUGCCAAAUAACUAUUGUUACUUUUCAAGAUUAAUUAACAUAAUUAUUCUAUGUUACACUUAAUACUAAGUGUAACACAGAAAUGUUACUUAGUACAUAGUAACUAAGUAAUUAAGUUCUCGCGAAUUGUAAAUAAAAAUGUAAUCUUAUUUAAAUCGCAUAUAUAAUAUGUAUAAAUCAAUCAAUCCUUCAAUAAAGAUAAACUGCUAAAAAUGCA